AUGCCUGACCCGAGAACGAAUCAAUUUAAAGCUAAUGUCAACCCAGAGACUAUUUAUGAUAUUCUUGAACGGAUAGGCAGAGGUUCUUUUGGUGAAGUUUAUAAGGGUGUCGACAGAAAAACGAGGGAAGUUGUAGCUAUCAAGCUGAUUGAUCUAGAGGCCGCUGAGGAUGAAAUUGAAGAUAUCCAGCAGGAGAUCAAGGUUUUAUCCCAAUGCAAUAGUCCUUAUAUCACGAAGUACCAUGGUUCCUAUUUGAAGGAUACUACACUGUGGAUCGUUAUGGAGUAUCUUGGUGGUGGAUCAGCAUUAGACUUAAUGAAACCUGGUCCCAUACCAGAAGUUCACAUAUCUACAAUCCUCAGAGAAAUUUUAAAAGGACUGGAUUACUUACACAGUCAAAGCAAAAUCCAUCGAGACAUAAAAGCUGCAAAUGUCCUGCUCUCCUAUAGUGGUGACGUAAAGCUAGCCGACUUUGGUGUUGCUGGCCAAUUGAGUUCUACCAUUACUAAGCGUGGUACUUUUGUAGGAACACCAUUUUGGAUGGCACCAGAGUUAAUUUUGAGAUAUGCCUAUGAUUUCAAGGUUGAUAUUUGGUCUACUGGAAUCACAGCUAUUGAACUAGCUAAAGGUGAACCACCGAACGCAGAUUUACAUCCAAUACGCGUUCUUAUGCUCAUUCCAAAGAACCCUUCACCUCAGCUCACUGGAGAUUUCAGCAAAGUAUUCAAGGAUUUUGUAGAUUGUUGUUUGACUAAAGUCCCAGAAAAUAGACCAACAGCACACGAACUGUUACGUCAUAGCUUCAUCAAAAAAGCACGUAAAACAGCUUUUUUACAAGAGCUUAUUGAGCGUUAUCGAAAGUGGCGUGAUGAAGGAGGAGACGAUGAUGCUGACGGUGAAUCUGAUGAUGAUGGACUUGUUCCAGAUGAAGAAGAUCUUAUGAAUCCCCAACCAGGUACUCCAGGAGUUGCUGCAGCUGGUGACAAGUCUGCUGCAAAGAAAAAAACUUCGGACAGUGCAAAAUCAGGCAAAGCGUCUGACACUUUCAAAUGGAAUUUUGAAACAGUGCGUGCUAUGCCUUCACAGUCUUCAUCGUCCUUUCAUAGUUCUUCUUCAGCUUAUUCCUCCCCUGAUACCUCCUCAACACAUACCAACGCACAUAUUCAUCAUUCUCCUUCAUCUUCACAGCCGAAUUCAGAUGUUCAUGGUGGGAUUAAACGAACACCUGAAAGUAGUACACCGGAAAUGUCAGAUCGUCACAUGUCUGAUGGAAAUGAAGCACGCACUUCAAAUCCUUUGGCAACGGGACCUCAUUAUUCAGGUAUCCAGUCAUCACAACUUGCUUCCUGUAUAGUUGAUGAAAAUUCUCGUGCCCAGAUGUCACGCCCUAUAGGAAAUUCUCCGAAUCAAGUAACUGGCCCUACUAGCAUACCCAUUGUCCGACCACAACUUGUUCCACCUGUAACUAGAAUUAUGGCCAAUGAGACUUCAUCUCAGUCACCAGGAUCUCGACAAGUGUAUGUUGGAGAUUCUGGUCAGACAAAAGUGUCCAAUUCGAAAAACAUUUCAACAUCAGCUAAUAACAAACCUCAACAGGGUCAAAUACCCGCAUCGGUUGUGACCUUAAAUAAACCUUCUUCUUGCUUUCAACAACAUGUCUUACCAUUGUUACAAGACCUUCAAGAUGUCUACAGUCAAGUAACUAGUGGUGCUUCAGAUUCUAUUUCUAAUUUAGCGGCCACCUUUCAAACAGUUGAUGCCUCAUCACCUCAGUAUACAACUGAAUUUUUAGCAGAGUUGUUAACCCGCGUUUUGGAUAGCAAUCCACGUUUACCAGCGAAUAUUAGACGUCGCGUAUUAGAUCGUUUGAGGAUGAAUUCAUCGGAAUCAUAA